UUAGUUUUGCCAAAUAUCAAAAUGAAUCCGCCACAGGUAUACAUGUGUUCCCCAUAGGUUUUUCUUUACACCGCUGUAUCCCUCAACUUCUAGCACAGCGCAGGCACCCAGCAGGCGUCCGUUUAUAGAGUGACUGCUUGAUACUGCUACCCGGGCUUCCCCGUCUUCCCUCUAAAAGACUCACUUUCUCCAGUCGCUGCCGGACUCCGAGGGCAAAGCCCAGCGGAUCCGCGAGGGCGCCAGGCCUACUUUGCCGACACCGCUCCCUGCGCGGGGCUGCAGUUACUAUGGAAACGGCGGGAAAUAACAACUCCGUUCCCCCUGGGAUGAGGGAGGCCCGCAGAGACAACGGCUGCGGGAGGAACAGCAGGAGCGACGCGCGGCCCCCGGCGAGUUCACCGCGGUGCCAGCCGAGCCGCAGCGCCGUGCCCCACCCCCACCCCGCCCUCCUGUGUCGGCGCACGCAGUCUGCCUGUUUACCGCCCCUGGCGCAGCUCCGGUGCAGAGGUGGUUACACCUUGAUUCCGCCGGUAGCGAGAGAAACAGGUGUGUGCGCGCACGGCGAGCGCUGAUUGGUGGUGCAGACUUGGGUGAACUACUUGAACGUGCCGGGACGCGACCCCGCGCCGCGCGUGUGCUGUGAGGCCGCUGGGGCAGCCGCGGUGCCUCCCCCCGGAGAAGCGAGCCGCGCGGGAGUCCCGAGGGGAAGAUGAGUCGCACCAGUGCCAGGUCCGGGCACCUGUCGCAGCCGGUCGUGAAGAGCGUGCUGGUGUACCGCAACGGGGACCCCUUCUUCACGGGCCGCCGUGUCGUCUUCCACGAGAAGAAGGUGUCCAGCUUCGACGUCUUCCUCAAGGAGGUGACGGGCGGCGUCCAGGCGCCCUUCGGAGCGGUUCGGAACAUCUACACCCCGCGGACCGGGCACCGCAUCUGGAGGCUAGACCAGAUCCAGAGCGGGGGCAAUUACGUGGCCGGGGGCCAGGAAUCCUUCAAGAAACUCAAUUACUUGGACAUAGGAGAAAUCAAGAAAAGACCAAUGGAAGCUGUGAGUACAGAGGUGAAACCAGUAACCCACAGCAGGAUCAAUGUGUCAUCUCGCUUUAGAAAAUCACUUCUGGAACCCUGUACUAUCUUCUUGAUUGCAAAUGGAGACCUCAUAAACCCGGCUUCUCGACUCCUCAUUCCUAGAAAAGCCUUGAAUCAGUGGGAUCAUGUACUGCAGAUGGUCACGGAAAAGAUAACUCUGAGGAGUGGGGCUGUCCACAGACUCUACACUUUAGAAGGAAAACUGGUUGAGAGUGGAGCAGAGCUGGAGAAUGGGCAGUUUUACGUGGCUGUCGGCAGAGAUAGGUUCAAGAAGUUGCCUUACAGUGAAUUACUUUUUGACAAGUCGACGAUGCGAAAGUCUUACGGUCAGAAAACCUCUUCACUACCUCCAAUUGUAGGAUCCAGAAAGUCUAAAGGCAGUGGAAAUGAUCGCCAGUCUAAGUCAACAAUUGGAUCCAGUGACAACUCAUCUCCUCAGCCCCCAAAGAGGAAAGGGAAAAAACAUGCGAAUUCGGAAAAACCCACGAAAGGGAAACAAAAUGCCAAGUUAAAGAGUUCACCACAAACAAUCCCAAACAGUGAUGAAGGCGUUUUCAAAGCUGGAGAGGAGAGAUCAGAAACGCGGGGGGCAGCUGAAGUCCAAGAAGAUGAAGACACUCAAGUUGAGAUUCCAGUGGACCAGAGGCCAGCAGAAAUAGUAGAUGAGGAAGAAGAUAGAGAGAAGGAAAACAAGGAGGUGGAACAGAAGGACAACUUCUCAGGAAUGAAUGGUGAAGUUAAAGAGGAAGAAGGAGACCAGGAGGAGCCCGAAGCUGCAGAGCAAGCAGAGGAGAUCCCGGAUCACAGGGAGGAGCAGGCAGGUUCUGCUGCUCGUGUGAACGGAGGGACCGAUGAAGAAAAUGGCGAGGAACUGGUGCAGGUUAAUAAUGAGCUUCAAGAAGUGGUGGAGGAGGAAAUAAAGUCUCAAGGAGCUGGCAGUGGACAUGAAGAGGCUGACUUGGACCCUCAAAGACCACCAAAACCAGAAGUAAAAAUCACUAGUCCACAAGAAAAUGAUGACAACGAACAAAACAAGGAUAAUUCGUCAUAGCAUGGAUAAUUUUUUAAAAGAGAGUAUAUUGAGUAUAAGAAAAAUGAAGGAUUAAAUACUUGAAGAAGUAUAUAGCUAUUGCUAAACAUUAAUGUGACAAUGUGGUUGAAUACUACCUACUGAAAUUUAAAAUUAGAGGCCUGACUAAUGGGAAAGACUAGAUAACUUUGAAUAGCUACUAAAGGAGAGUGACUUCUUUUUAUGAGCUGUGUUUUUAAAAGUCAUGUAGAAAAAUUAAGCGUAAUAGAGGGGAUUUUGCACGGGAAGACAGUUAGCCACUUGUCUUUGUAAAGAUGAAAAAACACAGGACCACACCUGUUCUUGAGAAGAGAGAUUAUUGGAUGGCAGCCGAUGCUAAAGCACUUAUCUAAGAGGGCAUAGAAUUUAAAAAAAUGAUAAUAGGAAAGCAUGUACUAUUUUUUUUAAAGCAAUAAACUCUUGAAUAAACUCAUUGCAACUUAGUUUCAGAGAUAAUUUGAAGAUGGCAAUAGACUGAAAUGUUUCUGUGUCCUGUUGACAUUCCUUUCUUUCUUCCUCCUUAGCCAAAAUCCACCUUAAAAGAACUAAAAGGAUAAUGCAAGGUAUUCAUUUUGGAAGGAGGAAGUAUUCACUCAAUGUAUUCCUCGACAAUAUUGUCAUGCCCCUCCCUUAAGUACUGCAGAUUUUAAUCCUCCGGCUUUAAUGACACACACUCAGGAAGGAAUUACAGAAAGGAACACCUAAUUAUAUCACUGAGCCUGUCUGGGUGGUUUACAGAUUCUGGUAUCCUAUGGAUUUUAGCUGAUCCAGUCUACCAUUACCAAUAAUACUCCUCUCUUCAUAUUAUUAUAUUUAGAAAACUCAAUAUUGGGUAUUCCAAAGAUUGAAUUUUCUCCAAACAGUUUUUUUUUUUUUAACAAAAAGAGCAAGGUUGUGUAGUAGGAAAAAAACCUAGGCUAUAAGAUUUUGUCACACCUCAGUUUCUCUUGCUUUUUAUGUUAUUUUUUAUUAGAACUACCCUGUCAUAUUUUUUCCCUUAGGGGCAUCAGCAAAUACUUCUUUUCAUGGUCACUUAUAUUUAGACUUUUAAGGAGAUUCUUUUCUCUAUAAUUUGAAGCUAUAGGAUAGAAAUUGUUGAAAAAAGUUUAAAACGUGUCAUAAUGAAACCAGUUCCUGAUUACAGUUCUAGGGUUAAUUAAAUUAAACCAGAUUGCCUCGUCAGGUAUAUGUGGGGAAAAAAGGUCACGUUAGUUUUGAAUUUUUAAGCGAUGAUGUAGUUCUUCCUUAAAUAUAGAAAUAAUAUGUUUUCUCAUAUUAAAGAAUAUUUUUUGUUAGUUAUGUAUAAAUUUGCAAUUUUAACUUCUUAUGCUUUCAUCAAAUUCAUUAUUAAUGAUGAUUUUGAAAGAUUUGCCCCCCCCCCUCCAGGUUUCAUAACCAAUCACUUGGAAUUAAAGUAAAGUUAUAUAAAGUGCUCAAUAAUAUUAUAGAAAACUGAUAUAUUUUUCUUAAAAGCUAUUUUAAUAUUUUCCAUAAAUAGGAAGUAUAUGCAGUGACUAUAAUAGUAUUGGAAAGAGAUACUGAUAUACAGGUAUAUUAAUUUAGGAGCAUGAAUUAUAAAUGGGGUACUAUAUUUCUAAUAUAAACUCUAGAUUGUUCUUUCUACUAGUAGGUUUACUUUUUCAAGUGAGACAGUAUAAAGCUUUGCAGGUGAUAGGCAAUCAUCUUAAUAACCUUUGUUGCUAGGGCAAUAGGCUACUUUGUUUUUUAAUGUUAAAUUCCUACACUAUUACUGGGUCUGGAGUUAAUGAUUUCAAAUAGUUUAUAAAAAUAAAAGAUUGCAUAUAAGAAAUUAUAACUAAUUAUCAAGGUGAUUCUUCUUUCUUUAAUGAGGAUUUUAUCUGUCUCUUCCUUCUUCAAUAAAGGUAUUGUCUCUCAUUUUUUCCUGUUCUUUGCUUCAUCAUACUUAACAUUUUGGAGAAGGGAAUGGCAAUCCACUCCAGUAUUCUUGCCUGGAGAAUCCCAUGGAUAGAGGAGCCUGCCAGGCUACAGUCCAUGGGGUUGCAAAGUAAGACAUGACUGAACGACUAAUAUACACACACACACACACACAAACACACCUAACAUUUAGGUUUGGAGGAACUUUUUAAGAGUCAUCUUAGUGAAGCACAAUGUCACUUUAAAUGAAACACAACUUUUGGUAUUUAAAUAUACUUAAGAAAGUGAUAGGCUACAAUAACUGUGGCAGAAAGUUUUAACAUUGGGAUGUAAUACUUGUAUGUGCAUAUUUCACCACCUAUCUAUAAGAUAUAAUUGUGACCUAACUUGAGGAAUGAACAAUCACUAAUGACUUUAAAACACUUUGCAAGCAUAUGUUACUAAGAAAAAAAAAAAGAAAAAAAAUGUCUUACCAAAGAAGAAAUCAUUAACAGAUGAUUUCUGUAAACGGUCAUUUUGGAGAUGACUUUAACACAAAUGAUGCAAAUUAGUUCACCUCCCAAACGAUAGUUUUCUUUUGGGAAUGGUGGCCUCCGUGGAAGAUUAGCUCCACAAAUUGAGACUCACUGACUGGUUUGGAGACCAUUUAUGUGAGUGAGCAGAAAAGAUCUUGGUUAGGCUUCAGGUAUUGUUUUAUAAAGAGUUCUAUGAAAAACCGACGGCGCUUUUAUGUGGUGACCAGUCAUAGAAUGUUUUGAUCUGUUACUUCUUGUGAUAGUUUUCAGUUUUAAUUUUAUUUUUCAUCGUUUUAAUCAAAUGCCUUUCUUAAAUUUAAUUGCAUUUAACACACUUGUCAAUAAUGGGUUUGUUAGUUGAAAUGGAACACUGGGAGUUACACAGUAAGAGUAAGGAAGAUUUUUCAGUUCAGUUCAGUUGCAGUCAUGUCCGACUCUUUGCCACCCCAUGGACUGCAGCACGCCAGGCUUCCCUGUCCACCACCAACUUACUCGAACUCAUGUCCAUCCAGUUGAACUAAAGUCAUUUUUCAUGCAAAGGACAGUUUAUCUUGUUUAGCUUCCAUUUAAAUAGCAUUUGAGCAUCCAUGAAUUUCUCAUAUAAAACAAGAUACUCUGGCCAUGAGAUAACUUUUUACUCAUUAUAUUUCUCUAUGAUCAUAGGAUGACUUUUUAUUUAAGACAUUUUUAGAGGGGCGGUAUUAGAAAGCCAGACUCAUAGGAAGAGAUUAAUACCCUCUUGUGCCUUCCGUUUUAUUCUGUGUUAAUUCUUGUUGUCGUCUAUAAGCGUAGACCCAUAUAAAUAUAAAUAUAUAUAUAUAUGACUUGGAGUCAGUUAGAUCUCUCCGUAGGCUCACAACUGUGAAGCCAUACUAAUAUGAACUUAUGUUAACUCUUCUAGUUUACAGUUCAUAAACCAACAUCCCCCAAAAUUUCACUGAAUACCCUAUCUUCUACCCAAAGGAUAAAGCAAAUUCACCCAGUUAAAAUUGUGACCAUUGAACAACAGGAAGUCUUCUUUAUUUUGUUAACUGACUCUGCUAAAGGAUCAGCUCUAUCCUUUCAUUUUUUGCUCAAAAAGGAGCCAAGGCAAAAAUUUAGAAAGUAGAUUAAUUGCUAAGCAGAAAGCUUCACAUCUGAAGUGUUGCCAAUCUGAACAGAAAUAGACCGCAUAGAUACACAUAGACACAUAACAGACACUCACACACUUUAAAAUGUUGAAAAAGACUUCCUCAGGCACAGCAUGAUUAAUGCAAUAAGGCUCUUGAGAGAAGCAAUGGAUAUAAACUGUUAGGAAAGGCUAAGAAAUGAUUAUAUCGUGGUGCUUUAAAAGUUGGUUCCCAAAGACUACAGGAUAUUUUAAAUUCUUCUCAAAGUAAAAAUCUACCAGCAUUUUAAUGGAAAAUUCUAGGGAAGGGUGAGAUAUGUAUCUAUAUAACCUUAUUUUCUCAAAUUAACUACAGUACAGUUCUUCAGUCAUCAGUCUUAAGUACCAAAAACUUUAGGUGCAGAAUAUGUCCUGCCAACACAGGAUCUGUGAAAAGUCAUUACUGCUUGUUAAUGUGUGUGUGAUUUCCGUGAACAUCUAGAGAGGACUCUGGCAUCAAGUAGCCAAGUUCACUACAAAUAGAAUAAAAGUCUGACUUAUUAAUCUAUUAGUUUAUCUAAUUUUCAAAUUUAGUGCAGAAGAUUUUUAGGUUCCUUGUAUGAGUGAUAUAUCCUGAAAUGGAAGAGUUUUUUUUUUGUUUUUUGUUUUUUUUUUUUAAGGUUAGUCUGCUUUUCUGAGGUGACAAGCAUGUACAAUUCUUCAUUAUUAAAUAUCAUUUUUGUAAAUAGUGUAUGAUUUUUGCUUUUCAGAAAAUAUCCUGGUAUUUGGAUGGGUCUGAUUUUGUUCUUACUACAUGAAAUUUGUAUAUUUCUUACCAUGAAGUCUAAGUGACUUGGAUGGAGAACAAAUAUGUGCCCCCACAUGUUGAUGAGGAAGAAAAAUACUGUUUUUGAAGAGACAUAAUGUCCUGUAGGAUAUGGGGAAUUAGGAAAGAAUUAAAAAAAUGUCUUGAUAAUAAUAAAGCAUUUAUAAAAUCAGGAGAUGACUAAUGCAGGUUCAUUGACUUGAGCCAACAAUGACUUAGCUUUAAUCUAUGAAUGGGACCAAAUGAGUUCUCCGUAGUUUCAUCUGCUUAAACCAUGUAUUUUAAUUGAAGGUUUACAUUAUUGUCAUAAAUGUAAUGGCAUAUGGGAAGCAGAAAUGAUAGUAGUCAAUAUUAGAAGAAGAUUGCAGAAAACCUAUUUUUUUGCUUCAAUAUUUUUCCUUUGUCUUAAAUCCUUAAUAUGUCCAAAGAUAAUGGGUGAUUAUUGAAGUUUUAUGUAAAAAUUAAGUUGAGCUCAUCAUUUUUGUAUGAUUUAUGUUUAGAACUCCUCUUUGUAAGGAGAAUUAUUUAUGUUUUGAUCAAAUUAUGAGCAUUUAGGUUUUUAUUUCUGUAUCAGUGCUCACUCUAAAAUAUGUUUGCUGUAUUUUUUCUCACUCUAAAAUAUAAGUUUGCUGCAUUAUUUUUAGCAAAUAGAUCUGUGUUUUAUAGAAUUAAAAUGUGUUUGAAUAGUUGUUUGUUUAUAAUGUGUUGCUAAUAUUUCAUGUAUUAAUUUUGUAUAUGAUAUUUUUCACAAGCAUAAUAGUAACUUUUCAUUUGAACCAUGUGGAAAUUCAGCGCAUUAAGAGAUACUUCUGUUUCUAUUCGGCAUAGGUAUUAAACCUCAUUAUGUAAACAAAUUUUUUUAUAGCUUCAUAUACAUGUUGUUUAGCUGAUAAAAAUUUGAGGAAUUUUUUUUUUAAUUGUUUUUUUCUUUUAUGAAAUGUUAUUAGAGAAACACAGGUUCAGAAUGUUUGCUACGAUAAAUAAACACAUCUUUAAAACAGAGAAAGUUACUCACAUUUUUGUAGCUAGAGCUAUAGGAAUAAAUUCACAGUUUUACAAAGAGAUUGGUUAAAAUUCUGCUUCAGUUUUCACUGCCUUCAUUCUAUUGAGUUAAAAUUGUUUUUUUCCUUUUGUGCUUGAAAAACAAAAGCAAGCAUGUACGCAUUUUGCCUUCUUGAUGCGUAAUAACAACGUGUGUGAUUCAGGUACCAUAACUGAGAGCACAUUAAUGUACCUGUCAGCUGUCAAUAUGCAGUUGACCUCUCUGUAUCUUUGUUAUUUCAAGGGCAAACCUGGGCAAUGGAGGAGGCAUCUAGAUUGCCAAAGUCAAAUCUCUUUAGACCAUAUGACUAAUUGUCACUAGAAACUUCCCACAACCAACAAGGACUGUAGUCUCUACAAGGGAUUGUAAAAUGGUUAGCAUGCAUUGGCUAUAAAAUUCUUAUUUAUGAAAAUAAAUAUACAGCUUUCCUGCA